AUAAUAAGAAGAAGAAGAAGGAACGACAACUAAGACGACUACGUUGACUGCUACGACAACGACAACGACAACAACUACGAUUACGACGACUACUACUACGACUACUACGACGACUACGACGACGACGACGGCGGAAGAACGGAAGAACGGCCGGUCGAACGGCGGACAAUCGGACGGGCGGAGGAAAGCGAGGAAGAGGGAAAAGGAAAGUAAAGAAGGGCUUGGCUACUGUUAGUUGAUCGCUUACGAAGAGUAUCGCCGACGGGGAAGCUAUCCGCCGAACGGAAGGGACCCCGAACGUUUUCGUUCAUUCUCGUUUUUCUCGUUCCUUCGGUUCUUUUUUCCUUUCUCUCUCUCUCUCUCUCUCUCUCUCUCUCUCUCUCUCUCUCUCUAUAUCUCUAUAUCUUUCUCUCUCUCUUUAUCUUUCUCUCUCUCUCUCUCUUUCCUAAGGCGGUUUUCCAGCUAAAAAGGCACGUUUAAAGAGCUAAACGUUAUUGACGAACUCUCCGGCUACCGGCAGAAUUUGGAUAUUAUAAUACUCCUACGACCUGGAACAAUAUUUUUUAUUUAAUAGGUCGUAGCGUCGAGUAAAAAACAGAACAAAAAAUGGCGGAUACGAGUCAGCAGGAACUUUCGGAACCUCAUACAAACGGGGCAAUGGACGGGCUUACGGAGGAAGAAAAAAGCAAAAUAAGGCCCGCGGACAUUGAUGCUGAUAUGAGAGAAAUGGAGAGAAGAAAGAGAGUCGAAAUGAUGAUGAAUUCGCGAUUAUUCAGGGAAGAAUUGGAACGUAUAAUUGAGACGCAAAUGAAAGACGGUGCUGGACCAUCCGGUUUAUUACAACAAAUCUCUGAUAUGAUGGGUGCUCAAGGAGCACGUUUCAAUGGAAAUGUAUUUAAAAAUUCGAAUUGCGUGGUGCCUAUAAAUGACAUUCGCGGUGUCGAAAGCAUGGGCUAUGCUAAAGGUGAAAAACUGUUGCGUUGUAAACUCGCCGCUGUAUUCAGAUUACUCGAUUUAUACGGAUGGACGCAAAAUGUUGGUGGUCAAAUGACGGCACGCUUGAAUCAGGAUCAAGAACAUUUUUUGGUUAAUCCUUAUGGAUUGCUCUAUCAUGAAAUAACGGCUUCUAGUUUGAUUAAGGUCGACAUGCAAGGUUCCGUAGUGGAACAAGGAACAACAAAUUUUGGUAUACAUAUUACCGGAUUUCAAUUACAUUCUACGAUACAUGCUGCUCGACCUGACAUCAAAUGCAUCGUUCAUAUAUCUACUCCGUCCGUUACCGCUAUUUCUUCUUUAAAAUGUGGUUUACUGCCAAUCGGACAAGAAAGUAUAGUUAUUGGUGAAGUUAGCACGCAUCAUUAUGUUGGCGGAAUGCUUGAUCCAGAAGAAAGAGAGAAAAUUACUAGAAAUCUUGGUCCUAUUAACAAAGUAAUGCUUUUAACCAAUCGUGGUGCACUUUGUUGUGGUGAAACUGUCGAAGAAGCUUUUUACAAUGUAUACAACACUGUAUUGGCCUGUGAAACGCAGUUGAAACUUAUGCCAGCCGGUCUAGACAAUUUAAAUCUCAUUUCGGAAGAAUCGAAGAAAACAAUUUUCGAAGCAUCAAGGAAGCCUCCAAUUCCUCAACAUACUUCAGCACCAGAAUCUACAAUAAUAACGGAGAAAUUAGAAAAACGUUGGAGAAUAGGUGGAACAGAAUUUGAAGCACUUAUGAGGAUGCUCGAUAAUGCUGGUUUUCGUACAGGUUAUAUAUAUAGAAAUCCACUUGUAAAAGGAGAGCCUCCAAAACCACGAAACGAUGUGGAGGUACCACCAGCAGUUUCAUCUUUGGGAUAUUUGCUCGAAGAGGAAGAAUUGUACAAGCAGGGGCUUUGGAAAGGUGGUCGUAAAGGUACAGAUAGGUCACGUUGGUUAAAUUCACCGAAUGUUUAUCAAAAGGUGGAGAUAUUGGAAACUGGUACUCCUGAUCCGAAGAAGAUUACAAAGUGGGUGUCCGAUGGAUCUCCGACCCAUAGCAGUACUCCGGUGAAGAUCGAUGGUGCUCUCCAGUUUGUACCUAAAAACACUAAUCCGAAAGAAUUCAAACAAAUCCAACAACAGAUAAAAGACUAUCGUAGAGCAGAUAAAAUUUCGGCUGGACCACAGUCGCACAUAUUGGAAGGUGUUACGUGGGAAGAAGCGAAAAAAAUGCAGGACGCUACGAUCAGUGGUACUGGAGAGCAAGUCGUUCUCGUAGGAGCAGCCAGUAAGGGUAUCAUACAAAGAGGAUUUCAACAUAAUGCAAUGGUUUACAAGACACCUUAUGCAAAGAAUCCAUUUGACGCCAUUACGGAUCAGGAAUUAGAUCAAUAUAAAAAGGAAGUAGAGCGCAAGCAGAAGGGUGAUCCUUAUGACGAAUCACAGUCGGAAUCGGAGGCAUUGUCGUCAUUUAACAUCAGUCGUGCAACACAUGAAUCCAGCACUGCCAAGAGUCCGAUUCAAUCACCGGUCUCUGUUACGUCUGAGACCGAGGAAGAGAGUAGGGACGAACCACGAGUUUUACGGAUAGAAACGAAACAAGUGCCUGCGCCCAGUCAGCCAGAAGUCGUUUUAAGUGACGCAUAUGCGACUACAGAGUUCCUCAAUGAAAUGCGACGUGCUGCGAUCGAAGCAGAAAGUGAUAUUAGCAGGCAAGGAGAAAAUACCGUAAAUGGCGAUCACUCGGACGCCCAUCACAGUACAUUUUCUCAAAGUAGCAAGGAGGACGUGAGCGUUAGCGAGGAAUCGCCGAAGAAGGAGAAAAAGAAGAAGAAGGGCCUUAGGACGCCGUCAUUUCUUAAGAAGAAAAAGGAAAAGAAGAAGUCGGUCGAGGCGUAGGUAGCCAUAACGAAGACACUGCCACGAAGAAAAACUUACCGUUAAUAUGAAGAAGCGAACACGAAUUUUUUUUCCGAGCGAAGCACGAAUGCUAAAUAUUGUAAACCAAUAGGAAGAAAAGGAGCAUGGAAAGUCGAAGACAGGACGACCAAUAAUGUUAAAUGAUUAGAGGCCAAGAAAGACAGAGAAAAAGAGAGAGAAAAAGAGAACGAUACACAUACGUUGGAAUGAAAAAAAAAAAAAAACAAAAAAAAAAACAAAAAAUUGAAAAGAAAAGAAAACAAAAUA